GAGAGAGGGAGCGAGAGCGAGGGAGAGAGAGCCCGAUGCUUUUGAGGGAAACAUAGGCCUCGAGCAUUCUUAUCUCCCUUCGCACCGGCAACUUUGUACCUUCUUCUCCUCGGCACUCCGCCUUCGGCUCUCGCCCUUUGAGUAGGCGGAUAGGAGGCAGAGGAGAUAGAAGGGGAAGCUUCUGGAGGCUGUUCUGUUCCGACUUUUCUUUGUCUUUACAUUGGGGUUUUAGCAAUUACAUAAAAUGGUUUUGUGGGUCUUCGGAUAUGGAUCGCUCAUCUGGAAACCUGGUUUUGAUUUUGAUGAGAAGGUUUUAGGCUUCAUUAAGGACUUCAGGCGUGUGUUUGAUCUUGCAUGCAUAGACCACCGAGGUACACCUGAACAUCCAGCAAGAACCCUCACAUUGGAGCCCAAAGAAGGAGCAGUUUGUUGGGGUAUUGCAUAUUGUGUUAGAGGUGGCAUUGAGAAAGAAAGAGCAACAAUGCAGUAUUUGGAGAAAAGGGAGUGCGAGUAUGACAAGAAAGCAUUGGUCAAAUUCUACAAGGAAGGGGAAAGCCUUAAGCCAUAUGUGACUAAUGUACUCAUAUUCAUUUCCACUCCAGAUAAAAUAUCCAAUAGAUAUUAUCUUGGCCCCGCUCCCUUGGAGGAAAUGGCAAGACAAAUUGCUACUGCAAAUGGUCCUUGUGGUAACAACAGAGAUUACUUGUUUUAUUUGGAGAAGGCCAUGCUUCAAAUAGGACAUGAAGAUGAGUACGUGACUGAACUAGCAAAUGAAGUUCGACGAGUUCUUGGAGUUUUGAAGGAUAACAAGACAUUUGAACCUCAUUUUGCUGUGAAGCCCUGGCUUUCACUCAUGAACACUGUACGCCUGCUCCAGAGGCGACUGUUCUGGAUUCGAGAUAAUAACCAAGCAAAUUCUCCUUCACUACCUUCUUGACAAAAAAUGAACUAAUUUUACACCAUUAUAUCCUUACAUUGUUAGCCUUAGCUAUAAUAUGGCUCACUUAGCACCCUUAACCAGGCAGCUACAUUUGUAUCAUUUGAGAAAUGAAAAAGAAAAGAGAUCUUUGUUGACCAAAA